UACUGCUGUGUGUUACAAGAUCUCAGUUGGUCACUGGAGUUCCGAUUCCAUCUACGCUACACCUACUAUAUACCAGUGUCGCCUACAGCUCAUCAUUACAAGGAGAUCAAAAGAGGAUCACUAGCGUGAUAGAUAGAUGGCGCAAGACGACUACCUGUCCCUGUGCCUCGCGGCGCUGGUGGCCGCGUGCCAGCAAGCCGGCGCCGAAGACGACGACGCGGCACCGUUACGGGCGAGGGCGGCGUCGUCCGAGCUCCCGCUCGCGCUGCACUACCGCUGCCCGAUCUGUGGCAAGGCGUUCGCGUCGUACCAAGCGCUCGGCGGACACAAGGCGAGCCACCGCAAGCCUGCAGCGGCGGCAUACGAUGGCAGGGCGGCGCCAUCGUCGUCAUCGUCCCAGCAUCGUCAGAAGGGGGCCGCGGAAGCGUCGUCGUCGUCGUCCGGGAGCGGCGCCGGCGCCGGGCGGCACGUCUGCACGGUGUGCCACAGGUACUUCGCCACCGGGCAGGCGCUCGGCGGGCACAAGAGGUUCCACUACCUCCACGGCCCGUCGGUGCCGGCGUCGCUGCCGCCCAGCACUGCGGGCGCGGGCUGGCUUGACCUCAACUCGACGCCCCUUGCGCAAGACGACGUUCCAUUUGCCGGCGUCAGACGACGGGGCGAGGAUGAGGAGGUUCAGAGAUCCUUGCCUUUGCAAGCCAAGAAGCAUCGGGCGUCAAAUGCUGCGUGAACUAACUAACUGAAAAGCCAUGCAACCAUGGACGGCUAAAUCGAAUAAAGAUGGCUUGGAUAAAAAGUUCACAGAUGCAUCAAAUGGUAGAUGCACGGUUGCACUCCGUAGUUGAGUUGUACUAGGAAAAAGCCAUGCUACGGUUCUCAUGCAUGACUCUAUUUGUACUAUAUAUACCCUGCAAACUUUCCCUAGGGCUUUGGAUAGGGGACAAGUUAAUAUGAAUGUAUAUAGCUUUGUGUCUGUGCAACUUAAUUAUUGGUGGCCAAAGAUAUUUGACA